AAAAUCCAAAUUGUGAAGAUAGGGUGAGGACUUGGUUCAUAAAUCAUGUUGAUGACUUUAACAAUCAAGGGCUUAAACAAUUAUGUUUGGGUUGUCAAUAGUUUAGAGAAGUAAACCAAGCGUACGAGCGUAGAUUCUUUCCGAUACGCAGAAGCGACGUAUUUAUGAUCGCUACGGUAACUUAGGGUUGAAGAUGGUAGACGCCAUGGGAAGCAGUGCAUUUUAUUUUGCUGAUCCAGGAAUAGAAUCGACACUACUCUCAUUUUUUUGUCUCAUAUCCAUCAUAUUGUUAUCUUUAUUGAUCUGGAUUAUUCUCUUGUGCAUCAAAAUAGACCGCACAGUACAUUGGUCGUGGACCAUUGUCUUUCUACCGAUGUGGUUGAUUGAUUCAGUGGUACUGUGGGCGACCAUUUAUCGUAUACGACAUUAUAAUUCAAACACUUCCACCGAACAACAGCAUCGUUGGAAACUAUCAGACGAAAAUGAUCAGAGUAUGAUGGACAAUAAUAAUACGGAUGAGGAUGAAGAAGAAGGAACGACAUUGCUGGGUAGUCACCGUCGAAGGAAACAAUGGAAAUUAAGAGAUAAACAACAAAUGAUACAACGGUUUCGCAACCAAUAUUUACCCUGCGUUAAUACUUGUCUCUUUAUUGCAUUCCAACUCUUUAUCGUGCUUCAGCUAGAUACAUAUACACGUUGGAGCCCAUGGACACUAUUUUUGCCUUAUUAUGUUUACGAACUACUGAGCGCCAUCCUUCAUUUCUUCAGCAAUGCCAAAGGAACGAGUAAACGUUUCAAACUAGCAUGUAUUCUACAAUUGACAUGUAUAAUGCUGCAAUUGACUCACCGACAUUCUUACAAUACAACAGCGGUGUCAUGGGCCAUAGUCUUUAUUCCAACUUACUGUUUGGGCUUGUAUUACACUUUUUUAGUAUGGAAACAGUAUAAGCGAUUUGUGAUCUAUGUUGGGUCUGGUAAUCGUCAAAUUAGACGAUACCUUCAAGGUUAGGCUAAGCCUAGUGUUCAUCCCUGUCUUCAUUGUACUUGUAAGUAGGCCUUUGCACUUUUGCUGUUUUGGCUGUUGUCUUCCUUGCAUGCUGAUCGUACCAACCUCUGAUGAUGAUGAGGAUGUAGAAAGCUCUUUUGUAAACCAACAAUUACCGAUUUUGAUCAAUGCAAACCGAAGGAUCACGCAAGGAUGAGGUUUUUUAAGAUAUGUUGAGAGUUUGGAUUAAAAGGCAAUAUGAGUUGUUGUGACAAGAUGGGAGAUAAGUAAGCAAGCAUUCAAUAUGUGGACUCGUUG